AUGUCGGACCAGAAGAAAAACGACAACUACUCCAUCGCCAUGGACAAGAUAGACGCGGACUCGUCUAGCUAUAAGCCGCAGCCUCCACCGCAACCCCGACACAGCUCGGCCGGCCCCUCGGUUGCAAACAACGCAAUGCUCGCAGUUAUCGCCUAUUGCGCAUCUUCUAUUUUAAUGACCGUCACGAAUAAAUAUGUCUUGUCCGGCGUCGAUUUUAAUCUUAACUUUUUCCUGCUCGGUAUUCAGUCCGUUAUUUGUAUUAUUGCAGUGCAGUCCUGUAAGAGCUUGGGAUUCAUCAACUACAGAGAUUUCAACUCAGAUGAGGCCAAGAAAUGGUUCCCAAUUUCCCUCCUACUCAUUGGCAUGAUUUACACCGGCUCCAAGGCCCUCAAGUUCCUUUCCAUCCCCGUCUACACCAUCUUCAAGAACCUUACCAUCAUCCUUAUCGCCUAUGGUGAGGUUCUGUGGUUUGGAGGCUCCGUUGGCGGCCUUACCCUCUUCUCCUUUGGUCUCAUGGUCCUCAGCUCCGUCGUGGCUGCUUGGGCAGAUAUCACCCACACUGUCAGCACCUCUACCGUCGCCGGUGCAAGCGCUGUUUCAACUCUCAACUCCGGCUACCUCUGGAUGUUGGUCAACUGUGCUUGUACUGCUUCUUACGUCCUCGGAAUGCGCAAGAGAAUCAAGUUGACCAACUUCAAGGAUUUCGAUACCAUGUUCUACAACAACCUCCUCUCCAUUCCAAUUCUCUUCGUCAGCUCUCUCCUCGUUGAGGACUGGUCCUCUGCCAACGUGGCCAAGAACUUCCCCGUCGAAACUCGCAACAGACUCUACACCGCCAUGGUCUUCUCCGGUUUGUCUACCGUCUUCAUCUCCUACGCUUCCGCCUGGUGUGUACGAGUCACCACCUCCACAACCUACUCCAUGGUCGGAGCCCUCAACAAGCUCCCCAUCGCCCUCUCUGGUCUCAUGUUCUUCGGCGACCCAGUCACUUUCCCCAGCGUUUCCGCCAUUGCUCUCGGAUUCGUCAGUGGUAUCGUGUACGCUCUCGCCAAGGUCAAGCAGAACGCCAAACCAAAGACCGGAAUCCUCCCCACCUCAAACCCCCCCGUUAGUGCCAGCGCACAGAGCAUGAGAGAUGGAUUUAAAUCGUGA